GUGUGCGCUUGGGUUCUGGGCAGGUCAACAAAAAAAAAACACAUCUUUCACGGGUUCCAGCUGCAGUUCGCCUGAGGAAUUAUCCAACAUUAGAGCUCCUUCUUUCGGCAUCAAAACUUCCAGUGUGGUUUGAAAUUCCAGCUGCUCAUGAGGAAGUUGGAAUCAGCCUGAUCUCUCCCCUGGGACAUUAGGAAUCAGGUUCCCCCGGCAGCACCGCGCUGAGGCACCGAGAGAGAGAGAGAGCCCGAGGAACCGGGAGCACUGCCCCGCCAGGAGUGCUGGGGCUGGGGGUAGGGGCACUCUCCCAGGGGAGCAGAGGGGUGCCAGCGUGUGUCAGGCUCUCUGUGUGGGUUUCUGUGUGUGUGUGUGUGUGUGUGUGUGCGCGCGCCAGGGUGCCGUUGGCCCAGGGUAUUAGCAGUGUGUGUACCAUUGCGUCUGUGUGUGUGUCUGUCUGAGUGUGUGUGUCAGUGUGUGUGUCUGAGUGUGUGUGUGUUAGUGUGUGUGUCUGAGUGUAUGUCUGUGUGUGUGUGUCAGUCUGAGUGUGUGUGUCUGAAUGUGUGUGUGUGUGUGUCAGUCUGAGUGUGUGUGUGUCAGUGUGUGUGUCAGUCUGAGUGUGUGUGUGUCAGUUUGAGUGUGUGUCUGAGUGUGUGUGCCUGAGUGUGUGUGUCUGUGUGUGUGUCAGUGUGUGUGUCAGUCUGAGUGUGUGUGUGUGUCAGUCUGAGCGUGUGAGUGUGUGUGUGUCACGGUGCCAGGGUACAACAGUGUAUCAGUGAGUCUGUCCUAGUGUGUCAGUGAGUGUGAGACCCCACACCCCAGAGUGUGUGUGAGUGAGUGAGUGUGUGUGUCUGACACCCCGCCGCCCGCCCACUCCGCCUUGGAUUUUUUUUGCUGUUCUGUCGGUGUAGUCUGUUCUCGAAGCUCUCCGUGAGGAUCACCCAUCCAAACUGGGAUCUAUGAGCGGAAAACUGACAAAGCCAAAGGAAGAAAAGGAUGUCGGCAAAGUUCUGGAUGACGCUGCCUCUGACACACAGGAUUACUAUGUGUUGCAUCGAGACUCUAUCCAAUCCUCGGAUGUUAAGAAAAAAGAGUCCCCAUUUCGUGCUAAGUGUCACGAAAUUUUCUGCUGCCCUCUGAAGCAAGUGAACCACAAAGAGAACACAGACCUAGAAGAGCCUCAGCUUAAAGGUAUCGUAACAAAGUUAUACAGCAGGCAAGGCUACCACUUGCAAUUACAGCCAGAUGGCGUUAUCGAUGGGACAAAAGAGGAAGGCAGUGGUUAUACUUUAUUCAACCUCAUACCAGUGGGGCUUCGGGUUGUUGCCAUUCAGGGUGUGAAAACAGGACUGUAUUUGGCAAUGAACAAUGAAGGUUACCUUUACACAUCAGAACACUUCACACCUGAAUGCAGAUUCAAGGAAUCAGUAUUUGAAAACUACUAUGUGACCUACUCAUCCAUGUUGUAUAGACAGCAACAGUCUGGAAGGGGCUGGUACUUGGGACUUAACAAGGAGGGAGAGAUCAUGAAAGGAAACCACGUGAAGAAAAACAAACCAGCAGCCCACUUCCUCCCCAAACCAUUAGAAGUUGCCCUUUACAGAGAACCAUCGCUACAUGAGUUGGCGGAGGUUCUGUCUCGUUCUGGAACACCCACCAAGAGUCGAAGUGCCUCUGCAGUGCUAAACGGGGGCAAGACGGUGAGUCAGACUGAAUCGACGUAGCUGCUUGGAGGCUCGGCCCCUGUCCAGACAAACCCACGUUACAGAUGCCGACAACAUAUCACUAGCAGACAGUCUCUUUCUGUUGUAAAAUGAUUCAGGAAACAAGCUACUACUGAGCUGGGUAAAGUUGCACUCCUAUCAGCCUCUUAGGUCCUUCUGAUUUUUCUGUCAGUGGAUAAAUUUUAGCCAAGAAAAUGCUUGUGCAUCUCACCAAGCACCGGGACGGCCGAUCGACCAUCAUUUUUGGGAUGUGGCACAACCGAAGAAAUGUCAUUUUAUCCCAUCACCAGAUCCACCUCCGGGAAAUGAAUCAUAGUAAAAGUCACAAUCUGUUUGCAAGCUGAAAACAAGUUCCAGCUCAGCAGUGAACACACAGGCACACAGACACACAAAACAAAGCAGACCAUAUUUACUCCUGCCAGAGGAAUGUAGCCACCUUUGGGUUUUACUAAAGGAACGAGGAACACAUUAAACAGUAAAUGCAUCCCGUUCUUGGCUCAGUGCUGUUCAGUCCCACCAGAUACACUUGUAUCCAGUCUCUUUUCUUUAGUCUGACAAUAGUGUUUUGCAGUACUGCAGUUCUACAGCUUUUUUAAUACUCCAACCAACAGUGAUAGGAUUACUUUCAAACAUUAGUCAGGGUUGCGAAAAUAAAAUAAAUGAACAGAAUUAAGUCAGUGUCUCAGGCAAAGCGGUUAAAAGUAUAACUUAGAGCAAUCUUGUGGACAAGGGUUUCUAGUCUGUAGUAAUAAUAACCUUCUAGUGAAACUCCUAGAGUGCAGAAAUCCCAUCCAUUAGCAAAAUGCACCUUCAUGACUUAUUCUCACCUUAGGCAUUUGCACAUUGACCUUGUUGUGGUGGUUUUUACUCUUGAACAAACUGUGGGGUUUUGGGGUGAAUUCAUUUUUAUAACAAUAUGGAAAGUCUUAUUUGUAACAGUCUGCCACUGCCUCUGUUCAUGUACUGGGCAAUGGUAGCACUUAUUGUGACUGAGCUUCCUUUUGGGUAGUUUAUCCUGAGCUCAUCCCAGUACACACUACACAGAGGUUCUUACUAUUCUGUCAAUUAGUUUAGAUUUUUAUUUUAAUUUCUCUGUUGCAUGGGAGAAAGCUGGUAAUAAUGGAAUAGAGUUGCAUGAUGUAGGAUCUGUAUUUUAAACAUGUUGGAAAAUGUGCUCCGAACAUUACAUGGGUUAUCAAGUACACGCAGUUUUCCUGCUUCUGUACUGGUCAAAUGUUUAUUAUUUGUUGUAUACACCAACAGAUGCACUGAAUAAAACAUUUCUAUGAA